UCUCAGCACAGGAAGCCUUGUGCUCUGAAAAGUCAGAAGGAGGAACCUCUCCAGCUUUGAGGAGCCAGUUGAUCAGGAGCACGCACAGCUAGAGGAGAGGAGUGGGAAAGAGGGAGAGAAAACACUGACAUUGGCUGCUGAGGAUGCACUGGCAGGCAAGAAAUACUCCCCGUGACCACAGCUAGGUUGGUGAUGGGAUGGAUGGAGUGACGGAGCUGUCUGAACCAUGAAAGCAGGAACUGAGAUGAAGAUUGCUGGGAAGACUGUGUGUGUUUUUGUGAUGCUCACCAUCAUCAAGGUCAUGAGAACAGUAGGGAACGAGAAAGUGUCAGUGACGGUAGGCAACAGCUCUGUGCUCACCUGCUCUCCCAAAUCAAAUAUAACCAUGGUAACAUGGAAGAUAAGCCCCAAGGUUGGAGGCCCCUGCACCUUGAGCUACAGGGCUGAUCAGAACAAGACAAACAGAACAAACUGCAGUGACAGCGUGGACUGGAAGUUCAGACCAGAUCGGGAUCCCUCCCUUGAGAUACGGCAAGUGGAAAUAGCCCAUGAAGGAAAUUACACCUGUGAAGUAGUAGCAACAGAAGGGAAUUUCCACAAGAUGUACCAAUUGACCGUGCUGGUGCCCCCCAGGCUGACCCUGUACUGCGAUGACAACGGGAUCCCCGUGUGCAAGGCAGCGGUGGGGAAGCCGGCUGCUCAGAUCUUGUGGGUCCUAGAGGGCAUCUCCACCCCCAAGGAGGAAGGCCAUGACAACGGGACAGUGACUGUUCUCAGCAAUUUCACAGCAUAUAGCACCAACACGACUAAUACAACCUGCAUUGUGUCCCACCCAGCUGGGAACCAGAGCAGCUCCAUAGCCUGUCGUCCCCCAAAGAACAGCUUUUUCCGGGAUGUCUUAAUCAUUCUUGGUUUCCUGAGCAUUAUUACCUUCAUGGCUGUUGUUUACUAUUUUAAGCUCCACAGAGACAGACUAUGCCAUAAACCCAAACCUCCUGAAACUGCUCCUACACAUUCCCCACAGGAUGACACAAUGGAAGUGGAACCUUAUACUACUUAUGUGCAGAAGGAAAACAUCAUUUAUAACUCGGUGUCUGAUCUGACAGUGGGGCAGAAUCUUCCACAAGGACUGUCACCAGCAACAUGAAUGAUUCAACAACACUGGAAAGGGAGAGAGACACUUUAUAAAAGACUGGUUAUAGAAAGAAACUUCUCAGGCGAUUUCUUCAGAUUUUGGGGCAACAUAGCUCACUAGGUCUAUUCGAACACCUGUGAUUCCUGAUGAGCCUGUACAGUUCUUUUUUUUUUUUCCCUGUUUUGCCUUCUUGCUUGGGAAAUGAAACAUUAUUCCUUGGGAAAAUGUGACUGACCCCAUGCCAUAGUUUUUUCUGAAAAAGCUGUUGAGAUCACUCUUCCCUUUGCCUUCUUGCCUUGGAGAUCCUAAUUUUGUCAGUCACUCCUAGGCAAUACUUUGAUGUACUUGACACUAUGUUGUACACAUUUGGGAGAUGGGAGGAGUGUUAUGUCUGAACUAUAAUGAAACACUCUUCAAUCCACAGCCACUUUUUUGCAAUUCAAAAAUUACUGAUAUAGUGGCCUGAGUACUGAUCAUCACAAAACAGCUCAAAUGGUGGAAGAUAUUGGUAGGGAGGAUCUUUAAUCCCCCAGUUUUAAAAAUGGAAACAACUGAUACAUUUAGAAGGUCAUCGACUAAGAGAGACUUCACUAGCAUGAUUAAUUAACUUGUUAGGUUCAUAUUCAGUGUUUCCACUAAAUGUAUUCAUUCUGCAUUUCAGAUUAUUGUUAUGAUUACUUUUCCAUAAGAUUCUCUGAAGCUACAGUAUUCCUCUCUUUCUUAGAGUAUUGGCAUUACAAUACUACAAAAGAAUUAUGUUACUCAAACAAAUAUCAAAUAUUUCAGACAAUGAAACAAGUUCAAAUAUAUUUUCUGUAACUGUGCAAUAAUGUACAAAAAGGAUAAAAUGCUUGCUAAUUCUAAUCAUAUUUAUUUCAACUACCACAACUGAAGAUUUUUUCAUUCAUAUGUCUAAAUGUUUUACUGAUAUUCUUUUAAAUAUACUUGCAAGUUCACUUUUUUGUAUGAAAUUUAGCUAAUAUAUCUUAGUGUGUCUCAUGUCGAGGUGACUUCUCACCUUCCCAAACUAUCCUUUGGGAAUAAGUCAAAUAAAUUGUCCUCUAUAUACUAGCAGUUCUUAAACUUUUUGGAUUGAUGCCUUACUAGCUAAAGUAUGAACUGGCUUUACAGUAAGAGUAAGGAAAUCCAUUUGUAAACCUCUGUUUACUACCUCUUAUUUCAGUAUUUUAAAAGACUGACUGGGUACUUGGUCUGAUGGUAGAAUCAGAAGAGCUAGAUUUUUCCUUUAGACUAUAGAAAUGUCUUUGCCACACAUUGCUAGAGCUUUCUUUUGAGAUAGCCUCCCAAGGGCUAUGACCCAGUCCUUGGAAAACAGACUUCUAAAUUGACUGCAGUUCCUAAAUGUGUUGAUACUCAUGUAAACCGAUACAAAAUCGGUUAUUUAUUCUCAUUCCAGCAGCUACGAAACAGUCACUUUUGUCCAUGUGCUCUCUGCAUGCAAGUAUUCCAUUUCUGUAUGUCAUUUUAGAAUGGAAGGGAUCAAAGCUGUAUAUCAAUCAGCUACAAACAAGUUUUAAAGGAACCUCAAUUUCCAGUGACUUACCAAGGAAGAGAUCCAGUCAACUCAGUCAUAAUCCUCUGAAAUUCCCCACUCAAAAUUGGUGUAAUACUGUCCAAUGAUCUUUCUUCCCAUCCAAAACCAGAGCGUCAUCACUUUUUAGACUAUUUUAUGUGGACUGAAAGUCAUUUAUGUUUAUAAAUAUAUAUAUUUAUUUAUAAAGUGGGGUUCAUCCUAUGAGACAGCAGCUCUCGAAGGUAGGGGCUUGCCAGUUUAUAUGUAAUAUAUUUAAAGAAUUAAAAUAUCUUCUAACCUGC